GUUUAAGGUAAUAAAAAUACGAGGUUUGUAGUGCUAGUGUUAAGCAUGUUAGGCUCGUUGUGACCAGCAGGUGUCGCGCUGCUGCUUCCCAGAAUCCCAGAGGAAGCGUCCGUGCGCGACGUGGAUUGUGCGCAUGCGCAGAAACUCCAGCGGCUGAAGAACUUCUUGACACUCGAGUCUGUUUGAGUGACUGAGUGCGUAACCUCUGCGGUUCGGCCGUUCGGGGAUGAGUCCGGCUCCGGUAAACCCGCUGCUGUGGUUCCGGGUGUGCGAUGAGGGCGAUCUGGAGAGCGCGCGGAGUGUUCUGGAGGAUCCGGGCGGGUUCGGUCAUGUGGACGGCACCGAUGAGGAGGCAAACACGGCGCUCAUGUUCGCUUCCGCCGGGGGACACGAGCAGCUGGUCCGGUUCCUGCUGAGGAAAGGAGCGGCAGUGGACCGACGGAACCAUUACGGCUGGACGCCGCUGAUGCAGGCUGCGAGGUCCGGUCAUCUGAACGUGGCUCAUAUUCUGCUGGAGAACGGCGCGGAGAUCAAUGGCAGGAACCGGAUGGGUGCCAGCGUCCUGAGCAUGGCUGCGCGCGGCGGUCACGCUCACGUGGUCAAACUCCUGCUGGAGAGCGGCGCCUUCGUGGACGACUUUGACCACCUGGCGGCGGCGGAGGGAAGCGGUAACAACAGCGUCCACGGCGACAGCGGCAAGACGUUUCUGGAGAUCACGGCUCUGCUGGCGGCCGCUCAGCACGGACACGAGGCUGUGGUCAGGCUGCUGCUGGACUGGGGCGCGGAGGUCAACUUCUGCCAGAAGAGCUCGGGCUGGAGCGCGCUGAUGCUAGCGGCGGCCGGCGGAGCGGUCAGCGUGACGCAGCAGCUGGUGGAGCGAGGAGCGGACGCAGAUCAUCUCAAUGUGCUGGGCAAGACGGCCUUCGAGCUGGCGCUUCAGCUGCAGCACAGAGACGUGAAGAACUACCUGGACUCCAUCACCACCGUCCGGCCGCAGCCAGAUGAUGAGAAGAAACGGCCUGAUGUCUUCCACGCGCUGAAGUUAGGAAACGCUCAGCUGGUGAAGGAGAUCGUGGAGGAGGACGCGUCUCAGGUGAACGUCUCUAACGCAGACGGAGCGUCUCCUCUGAUGAUGGCGGCGGUCAGCGGGCAGCUGGAGGUGGUGCAGCUGCUGGUGGAGAAGCACGCAGACAUGGACAGACAGGACUCGGUGCACGGCUGGACGGCGCUCAUGCAGGCCACCUAUCACGGGAAUAAAGACGUGGUGAAGUUUCUUCUGAAUCAGGGCGCUGACGUCAACCUGAGAGCCAAGAACGGAUACACGGCCUUCGACCUUGUCAUGCUCCUGAAUGACCCGGACACGGAGCUGGUGCGGCUGCUAGCCUCCGUCUGCAUGCAGGUGGAGAAGGACAAGAGCAAACACCGAGGAAAACCAACCCUGAAGAGACGUGCGUCUCUAAAUGUGCCUCCUCCACCUGAUGAUAAAGGUGGCCUGAAGUCCUGGUGGAAUCGCAUGUCCAACCGCUUCCGCAAACUCAAGCUGACGCACACGCUGAGACACGGGCUCUCCACCAAUCAGCUCGCUCCGUUCCCUGACGAGGUUCCUCUGGACGCCACCAUGAAAGCGGAGGAGUCGAGCGCAGCUGCAGCUGGAGCUCCGAGCGCAGACGUCUGCACCGCGUGGAGCAGCAAGAGUAAAGACUGCGGUUUGAACGGAACAAGAAGUGGGAAAGAUGACUUCCUCAUCACGACGAUGCUGAGGAACGGCGCGCCGCUCGCUCGUCUGCCCAAUGAGAAGCUGAAGGCCGUCAUCCCGCCGUUCCUGCCGCCGUCGAACUUUGAGCCGUGGAACUCGGAGCGCUGUGGAGCGGCGAAGGAAGGCCGGAGCGGAAACAUGCCGCAGAGACCCGGCAGGAGCAGCUGCGCCAACUCCGAUAUAACGUCCAUUAGUCGAGUGGUCAGCAGGUCCAUCAAGUUUCCCAGCAUCACUAAAGGCCCCUCCCCCUCCAACUCAGGUAGUUAUAACUCCGCCCACUCCUCAGGUGGAUCCAAUGGUGUGGGAGGAGUCAACCGCCACGCCUCCGACUCCCACAACCGCUCAGGUGGCAGUGGUGUGGACAGUGUUCUGUCUCAGAUCGUGGCUCAGAGGAAGAGAGCAGCCGGUCUGUUAGACAGCAGGCCUCCGGCUGCCACUGAGAUGCCCAGUCCUGUACCGACGCCGCUGCCCUCCGCGCCGGACAUCAGCCUGACUGACCACAGCGACGGCCACUCCAGACGGAAGCUGGAGUUAAAGAAGCGUCCUCAGUCAGGAAACUCGUCCGCGUCCAAGAGCACGUCGCCCACCCUCACACCCUCUCCAUCACCCACACCCAAACCACCCGCCACAGACUCGCUCUCAUCUGCAUCCACGCAGCCCAGGUCCAAGAGCAGCGGCGGCUCCAGCAGCGGUACCAUCACGGACGAGGAUGAAUUAUCAGGGAUUCUGAGGAAACUUUCUCUGGAGAAAUAUCAGCCCAUCUUUGAGGAGCAGGAGGUGGAUAUGGAGGCAUUUCUGACUCUGACUGAUGGAGACCUGAAAGAGCUGGGAAUUAAAACAGACGGGCCGCGGCAGCAGAUACUGGCAGCCAUAUCAGAGCUGAACGCUGGGAAAGGGAGGGAAAGACAGAUUUUACAAGAAACCAUCCAUAACUUCCAGUCGUCGUUUGGCAGCAGUGCCAGUAACCCUCGACCGUCGGGAUAUCCACGCUCUCCGUCAGGCUGGAGUCGCCAUCAGCUGCAGUCGUCCAGCAGACGGUAAUGAUGAAGAUUUCUCCUGUGUGUUAGAGCAGCAGCACACGUGUCCACUCCGUUAUUCAGAGGAACGGCAGGGCUGCUGAAUGUGCUGAUGGUGUAACGCCCUCGUCGUACAUCAGGGGGCGCCGCAGCAUCACGAGGCUCCGAGAGCGAGCGAGGGCAGGUCAGGCCAUGAGUAGUCGUGAGAUUCGGGUCAUGAACGACUGAACCUUCAGGAUUUCAGCUUCUUACAUGAAUGUACAUCAAUCUGCUGGGUCAGAAGAGAGUUUGAGCAGGAUGAAGUUUUAUAGUGUUUGUGUCUCUGAUUAUAUGAACUGUUCCAGAAUGAUGAAGAAACAAGAGGAUGAUGGGAGAAAACGUUUAUCUGCUUGUUCUAAGUACAGUGUAGGACUGUCACAUAUUAUUAUAUUGUUCUAUUAGUCUAUAAAACUAUUGUUUUAUUUGUAUUUAUGAAGAGUGUUUAAGCACAUCAAUAAUCAGUUUUAGUUUCAGAGUCUUCACUGUUGUGAAACUAUUUCAACAUCUUACAGUCAAAUUAAAGAUUCAUCUUUAAAGAUCUU